AUGCCCAGCCAGAGCCCUCUGGUUGACCUCAAACCUUGCGUGAACCGAUUGAAUGUGACGGUGAAUACACUUAGCGGAUUAACAAAACUAGACAGAUUUUUAAAUGAACAGUUACGGUUGUUGUACCACCAACUACAAAAGCUGGACACCUGUAUUAGCGACAUAUUGAGUAAUUCUGAGUUAACUGAUGAUUUGACGCAAUGGGAUGUAUCAUUGCCAAGACAGAUUCUGCAGCAAUUGGUCGAUGACCUGAAAAAGGUUGACCCAACACUCUCUCACGUAUUAGAUAUACUGGAACUGGAGCAGAACACGGCUAACUCAGAUAUCACCUUAAGUGAGACUGUUGAUUUAAUUGAGGAAUGCACCACGAUGGCCCAUAGGAACCUGGAUUCAAACCUAAAGGAAUUGAAGAUUGUGUCAGGCGUGUUUUUAGAGUUUACUGAAAUUGUGAAUGAUAAUAUGACCACCUUACAGAAAAUACUUGACGAGAACAUUGAGCAACUGUUUGAGAUACAGGAGAAACGGUUUGAAUCCCCAGUGAGACAUAUCCCAAGUUUUACUCUGGAUCAAUUAUUGAGUUUGUUGACAAGAAAUGUUUCAACAGGCAAACAUGACGGCAUAAGCGUUAAUGGCAAUGGCUUAAUACGUUCGAAAAAACCGAUUACUAACGAUACAACCACUCGGCUACCAAAGUUUUCACUCGCUGAAGAAAGGUUGGUGAACGGAUUUAUGGCCAUUCAAAAGAAUUUGAAACCAAUACAGAAAUCGCUUCUCGAUGUCCUACCGGAACGCUCAAAGAUGUUUUCGGCGAGACACAAGCCGGUCUUUGAAAAAAUUGGUGUCCUUGAUACAUUUUUAUCAAUAAAGUACAAACGAAUGAUGAAAGAUUUCAAGUUUUUGGAGAGAGAGGUGUACAGAUUGAAAGUGGAGAUUAUUGACAAGCGUUGGAAUAUUCUGUUUACGAAUUUAAAUCAUGAAUUACAAGCCUUACUUUCAGAGAUGAAUGAGGUUUACAAACAAUGUCUGGCUCUGCAAGAGGAGGACACUAAUGACAAAAAAUUAAGGAAGAGGUUUGAAUGGCAGCUAGAGAGAAAUACAACAGUUGUCACCAGAACCUUCAACGUCAUAUACACCGCAUCUGAAUUUUCCUUACUAUCACCUGAGGUGGCCAAAAGAACCAAUGAAUUAGCACAAUGGUGGAUCGACCUCCGACCGAAGACCGAUGAGCUGUUGACAUCCUUGGAGAGUACAGAAAAUAUGAGAGAAAUGGAAACCGAAGGUGAAACAUUAUUGGAACCUCCUCCAAUACUGUUUUCGAAGAAUUCUCGAGAUACCCUACCCCAUUCAGAUAGUGAAAGCGAUGCUGGAAAUAAGACUAUCGAGGCAAUCGCUGGUGACCUCCGAAAAUUUUCUUUAGGGUCAGGAGCGAACAGAACAUCAUCUGGAGAACAGAUUGAUGGCAGUGAAGUAAAUAGCGGUGGACCAAAGAUUGGUGCAACUCUCUUAAGGAAGGUAAGUGUUAAGCCCUUGGACCAAGAUGGUAUUGAUGGUGAUGACGAAGAAAAUCCUUUCUUCCACGUAGAAGCAAAAGCCGAUCAACCGCAAAACACCAAGAAAAACAGAAGAGCCAGACGUAGCUUAAUUUUCAGUCCAAUUCCCAAACUUCCAUUUUAUGGAAAUUCACCCAUUAGCCAAAAACAGAUGUCUCCUAAGGUUGAGCUGACACAAAAGCCUACAUCACCACCGAAUUACAAUUUGUCAUCCUACUUGGCUAAUGAACGGGAUAACUCCCAAGUGGGUGGUUCAUUAAAGAAAGGAUACUGGCGAAGUUCAUCAAGCGACUUGGAAAGCAGCAGAGUAGAAGAAGACACAGUUAUGUUAACACCUUCCCGGAAGAGUUCCAUUGCGUCUUCAAUUACGAUGGAAGAGCCAGGGAAAAUUGAAGCGUUGUUAACUGAAAGAGCGAAAACACACGCAACGAAACCUUCGCAAAUCCCUAAGUUGGGUUGCAAGAAAACGGUAAGCGAGCCUCUUCCUUUUGUCAAAAUACGACCAUCCUUAAGAAGAACGCCCCAACCACAAUCCAAAUGUAGAAUUAAGCCACCCACUCCCCUAUCGCAACUUCUGUCUACCCAAAAACAGUCUUCUUAG